AUGACAACGUUACGACUGUCUAAGAGGAUCUCCUGUCACGCCCAGAACGGUGCCAUCAAACACCACGCCCUCACCGCCCACCAACAGCACGUCGUGCGAGAGGACAUCGUGAAAAGCACGGAGAUAAUCGGAAGAGCCCCUGACCAGCGACGCCUACGCCUCCUUGAGGCGUUAUUCAUCCUCGAACAAAAACCCCUCCUAAAUACGACACAGGAACCCUUCCUGCUGCCCACCUGUAAUUCACUUCCAGAGUCAAGCCAAUUUCAGUCACUCAAUAGGCAGCAACUCAAUCCCUCCUCCUCCUCCUCCUCCUCCUCCUCCUCCUCCUCCUCCUCCUCCUCCUCCUCCUCCUCCUCCUCCUCCUCCUCCUCCUCCUCCUCCUUCUUUGAGCUGGCAUUUCACCUGCUAUUGACAUGUAAUCGAACUCGAGUCGGAUCUCGUCACAGUUUUUAG